AAAACAGAUAUGACGGGUGGGAUAUAAACUGGAUUAUGCAGCAGUCGAAAAACCAGAUGGAGACAGAGAAAAACCUUGCUAACUAUACGGUGCAUUUGAACAUGUCAGAAAGUAUGCCUUUCAGCAACAAUAGGGAUGAGCUGGGCGCCAUCAGACUCCUUGCAAAGGAAGCAAAACAGAAGAAUAUUUUGGUUUAUGGUCUCCUGGUUAAUUAUCCAAAGGGCACAGAGAAAUGGAACGAUGCUGUGGAAAAUGUAUGUUUAAUCGCUGGCACGCUCAUCAAGGACAGGAACGCGGUCCUAGAUGGGCAGCUCUUUGUUGCAUGAAAGUGCGACACAACUGCUCUUCUUACCUUUGGUUUCCAUUAAAUAUUUUCAAAAUCAUGGAUUGGGCUCUUCUCCUCAUCAUUCAAGAUGCUGUCUUCAUUAAUGUACAUUACUAGUACCAAAUUAUUACCCGAUACAUUUAAAUUAAAUACAACUGUACAUUUAAGAGGAAACUACUACAAAAUACUAUCAAGCCAAAUCUGAUUGCCUUUGUUUACAGUAAAGGCUGGUUAAUGUUGCAAUUAUAGGAUGCGCAGUAAAUGCAUUGAAAAUAAAUAAGAUAUUAAGAACAUAAGAAAGUUUACAAACGAGAGGAGGCCAUUCAGCCCAUCUUGCUCGUUUGGUUGUUAGUAGCUUAUUGAUCCCAGAAUCUCAUCAAGCAGCUUCUUGAAGGAUUCCAGGAUGCCAGCUUCAACAACAUUACUGGGGAGUUGGUUCCAGACCCUCACAAUUCUCUGUGUAAAAAAGUGUCUCCUAUUUUCUGUUCUGAAUGCCCCUUUAUCUAAUCUCCAUUUGUGACACCUGGUCCUUGUUUCUUUUUUCAGGUCAAAAAAGUCCCCUGGGUCGACAUUGUCUAUACCUUUUAGGAUUUUGAAUGUUUGAAUCAGAUCACCCCGUAGUCUUCUUUGUUCAAGAUGGAAUACAUUCAAUUCUUUUAGCCUGUCUGCAUAAGACAUGCCUUUUAAACCCGGGAUAAUUCUGGUCGCUCUUCUUUGCACUCUUUCUAGAGCAGCAAUAUCCUUUUUGUAACGAGGUGACCAGAACUGAACGCAAUA